CCCAGCGCCACACCAUGCUUCCCUCUGCCUCGCACGCUGCCGCCACCGAGUCCUCCCCCUGAACUGUGCCAGCCUCGACCGCGGGUGAUGCUCGAGCGGGCUUCGACAUGCCUCGAAUCUGGCGGACGCCAGCUCUUCCGCGCCCCGAAGCCAUGUCUGCGCACUCGCCGCACCCUGCACGCCGCCUUCUGGCACCACGGCGCGGGCGACCUGGCCCUGCCCGCGUCGUGGGCCGCCAGCUCAACACUCGACCGCGCGGGCGGUGACACUGGCGAGGUGGCCGUGGCGGGGGGCAAGACGGCUUCUGCGGCCCCGAACGGCGCCCUGCUUGACUUCCUGUACCCGGAGAAGACAUUGGCGCUGCUCAGACGCCUGUCCACCCCCGGGCUGGACGUGGUAGACCUUCGCCGCGGGGCGGGCGUGCGUCGCUUCUCCACUACGCCGUGGCAGUCGCAGCAAUUGGCGACGACGGCCGACGGAUCAAACGCCGAAGAGCCCGCCGUCAUACUGGCCAGGGCCCAGAUGGCGAAGAGGCUGCUGCACCAGAGCGAGACAGAGGCGCUGCAGGAACUGCUGCGCGAACAGGAGCAUGGCGGGCAGGAACUGGCGUGGCAACUCUACUCUGCCAUGUCCGACAAACAGCUGUCCAGUCUCGACCCCGCCAUAUCCGCAGACCUGCUGGACUACCUCACCCUCGACGGCGACCCUGCUGUGCCCAGCCGAGUAAUUGACAUCUUCGACGCUCUACCGCCCCCACACCGUCGGCCGUCGUCGUACCGGGCAGCCAUCGUGGCUUACAUCGCUCUCAGACAGGUUGCGCCCGCCAUCUUGCUCCACGAACAAAUCUCUGCCAACGAGGGUCCCGACACGCUGAACAUAGGCACAAACACCAUCUUGCGGCGCACUGUCUUCAACGAGCAGUGGGACCUCAGUCUGCGUGUCUUCAGGACGUUUAUGCGCCUGAACCCCAAGUUCAGUGGGCAGUACAUAACCAACCACGUACGCGGUGGCUUCGCAUAUCCUCUCUCGGAAGUCUGGAACGAGGCGGCCCAGCUUCCAGACCUUCAUGAAUAUCUCGACUCUUUUUUCCGUUACGUUCGCGAAGUUCAGGACGAGCUCGAGUCAUCCGAAGAGACGGCCCAAUCUUUGAAGCUUUUCGUCAUGACUUUCGUUCCCCACGUAAUGGACCAGAUUCUGACCGCUCGCAGACCAGAUGAGGAUUUCAUCUGGAAUUGGUUCAUCAAACUCUUCGAUACGCUUCGUGAUCUGCAGCUCCCAACCCAUGUGUGCUAUGAGCAUGCAAUCAAGCGAAUACUCGAACAAGUACGGUACACCGACUACACCAACCAGCGAAAGAUUUGGCUCGAGCUGUACCGAAGAUACCGCAAACAGUACUUGUACCUGCAGGACCCCAAGCCUGACGGAAAGCCAUCUCACAAUCUUUUGAGAUUGCUCAUCGGCCGUCAUGGCUUCAACAGCAGUCUGGAUCGCGUCCAAGAUUUGGUGAAAGACAUACGCACUUUCUAUCCAAACAGACCCAUUCAAGCUGGCACAUUGGAGUUUCUGGUUCAUCUUUUCGCUCAACAUGGUGAAACUGACUACGUUCACGAAUAUUUCCAAGAAUACCAGUCGUACUACGAGGACAGGAUAAGCCUGAAGAUCCUGUCGGCGCUUCCAUUUGUCUAUGCUCGGCGUGUAGACGUUACCAAGACGAAAGAGCAGUUUGAUCGCAUCAGUACCGAGUUUGGGUUGACUCCUGACGUUGCAUGUUGGAACAUAUUGCUCCUCGCAUACGUCCGUGCCGACGAUCUCGACGGGGCUCUAGAAUGUUUCAACAACUGCCUGGAUUCUGGGGUACGACCAGACCACUACACGUUCAAUCCGAUGCUUGACUUUUGUGCCAAGCGAGGCGAUAUCGAGGCUUUUGAAGCUCUGUAUUCUAAAGGAAAGCAAAUGGGCAUUCCCCUCGACAACAACGUUCGCGCAAGAUCCGGCUACGUGCAGGCGUUUCUGAGUGCCGAUGACCCAGACGGUGCCGAGGCAAUUGCCCAAGGCAUGCUCAAGGCGUGGAAGGCUGGAACCCUCCGUGGGGAUCCUCUCACACACACCUGGAACCUGCUCAUUCAAUUCCACGCCUUGAACGGAGAUGUUGCAAACGCCAGACGAUUCUACAAGGAGAUGAUCCAGCACGGCAUACCAUUGGACUCGUGGACCUAUGGCAGUCUGAUGCGGUCGUUGAUUGAGAUCAAGCAGACAAACGCUGCCUACAAGAUUUUGCGAGUCAACAUGGUCGAAAACAACAUGCGUGUUUACGCACUGCACUACGCGAUUGUCAUGACCGGAUUCCUCAAGGAGGGACAGCAUACUUUAGCAAUGGACGCCUACGAACGGAUGGUGGCACGGAAUGUUGAUCAUACCGAGGCUUCUCGACAGGCAUCAAUCCUGACCAUGGGUAUUACGCAGCUCACAAGCCUGAAAAAGCGCAGGGCCAAAAACCCAAAGCACCGCUUGAAAUACGUUGAACAGGCUCUUCGACAGAUGCUCUUCCUUGGUGGUGGCAGAGAGAUUGCUCACAGACAGCCUCGUCAUUUGCGGCAACUCGAUCAGCACGGACACCUGGCUGUUCCCGAGUCCUACUAUGGUCUUCUAAUAACGCUCUACAACACUCGUGGAGCGUACAAAAUCUGUCAGGACCUCUUCCGCGAGGCAGAAGCGGUGGGAGCCAACGAGGACAACUACCACUCCCCACUCACCCUUCUCACAGCAAUCAUGGAUGCCCACCUCAAAGCCGGCGAACACGCAGAGAUAGCGAAGUGCUGGGACCUAGCUCGCUUGCAAGCCGAUAAGCUCGUCAAAACCUUCCACCAAGCUCUGCAUCCCGCGCCGCCACCACCAGAGUCCGACUCGCUCGUCGACGCCGCAGUCAUAGAGCGCUUCCAGACAUCCCACAUUGCGGCCAACCGUCGCCAUCUCCUCACAAAAGCCACACAAAUAUACAUACGCAGUCUCGUGAAGCAAGGCGGCAUCGAAGAUACACAGCAGGCUCAGCGCACGAUCCGCGACCUGCUCAUCAACGGCUUCGUCGUCGACAAUUUCACCUGGAACGAAUUCGUCCAGCAUCUCGCCCUCACCGGCCAUCUUACCAUGGCCUUCAGCGUCUGCGAACUGUACCUCAUGCCGCGCUUCCCCGGCUGGCGCGAACUCGUGCCCCACUACAUCCGCAACGAGCGCCAGGGAUACCAGUGGAUGGAGCUGCGCCACUACGACAUUACGCGCACGGCCGUGCUGCCGCGGUACAAGACGCUGGUUGUGCUUGCGUCGGCGUUUAGCGACGUAAGGCGGGACGAGAGUAUGGGCGUGGGCUUUGAUCCUGUGACGGAGCAGUGGAUGAAGGAAAUGCUUGAGGAGAAGGCGCCGUUGACGGUCCGUGCUAUUGAGACGAUGCCUCGGACUAACGAUCGCUUGCAGGAGAGGUAUCUGUAUAGCCCGGGUAGCUCCUACUGCUUGUAUAUUGUUCUCUUGCCGUCCUAUCUCAGGUCUCCUUUCUCCAUCUUUCCCAGUCCCAGCUCAUUGUCGCAUCCCCUUCACCACUUCCACACACAAUCUAAACAUACCUCCCAUCCACCAAUCAUACCCGCAAAGCACACGUUUAACAAUUACACCACCACCAUCCAACAGAGGCAGCCAGACUCCAUCAAAUAUACAUGCCUUAACUCUGACGCGUUCUUACACCUGUGUGAACCCUCAUCACAAUAUCUCAAUAGCUUGACAUUUGGAUGUGUAGAACUUUCAUACCUCGAUCCUUGGGUUCCCAAUUAACAUCCUGGGAUGUUUAGCAGGAAAUAGACUGACGGAAAGAAUAAAGGACUAUGAAUAGGAUUUACAGAACACUGGGUGGUAGUGGUUGACGAGGUGUUGGGGAGUGUGAGAGGAGGGGGCGUUGUCUGCGGUUCCUUGGAGAGGGGUAUA